AUGUCGUAUCAAAGAGAAUACCCUUUUCCAUCGAACCAAGAUGAUUAUUUUGAUAAUUUACCAUCAUAUAAGUCUAACAAUUCAUUUGACAUUGAGGAAUGUAUAGGUUCUUCUCAAGAUACAAUUGCAUCCGAAGAAUUUUUUGCCCCUCUAACAAAUGAAGAAGUAAAUGAUACUAUCCAAAGCAAUGUUAACGUUAAUGAAAUUGGACAAAAAUUAAAUAGCAAAUCGGAAACAAGUAUUAAUAAUGUUAAAGACCAAAAUU